ACCAGGGACAUCUUGAGCCCUUUCGUCGCUGAGCAGUUGGCAUCUGUUGUUUGGAGGUCGAUACAGCUGCUGACUGAAUCUUUCGGCAUACUUUCAAUAUAAUUAUGACGAAAGAAUCGAUGUCAGAUGUAGAAUUCCGCACUUUUCUUGCCAGGAUACAGCAAGAAACCGAUUCUCCUUACAGAAAACUUACUAUACUGUAUUCAUCACGAGGAUUUCUUAAUGCACAACAGGCAUCUCUUGUGCUGCAUGCUUUUAGCCGCUCAGAUGACAAAAUCAAAGCCAUCAGAAUGUUGGAACCAAGGUUAUGUUGGAUGACAUGCCAGGAUGCCCGUUUAAUACUGCAAGCAAUACCAAUUCAUCAGGAUCGGCUCCGUGGUCUGGAUUCUGUGAAAAGAUCAUUAACUGAUGCUCAAACAGCUGUUGGGGAAGAGUUCAUAUUGAGUACAUUCCCAUAUGAGGGAGACAAACGUAAAGCCUUAACCGUGCUUAAAACGGUUCACUCCACUGUAGCAGAUUUGAUCCCAGCAGGUGGGCAUCAGAUGUAUGCGCCUUUGGGAGGUGUCUUCUCACAGAGUCGACCCCUCAACCUCCAUGUGUAUGGCGAUUUGUACACACAGAAAAUGGAUACACUGGGGCCAGGAAAGAUUAACAUUCCAGUAACUGCAAAGCAAGGUGUAGUUCCCUCCAUCUACACCGGACACCCAUCAUAUGCUUACCCAGUUGACAAAACAUAUGAUGAAAGUCAUCAUUUUCCUGGCACCGUGGGGUUCCCAGCACGUGUUGAAGGGCCUUCUGUCUAUCCGGGAGGCGCUCCACCUCUAGGUAGACACAGUGGAGUCCCAGCAUCAACUGGUUUUCCAAAGCUUGAUUCGGCAGGAUUUGUAUAUUAAGCUUGUUUGAUGUAACUGUUUCCUAGUAGACUGUAACAGCUUUAGUACAGAUCUAUUGGUCUAUGGACAAUUAUGAAUGCCAUGUAACACUCCUGAACAACAGAGUUUAGAGCAUUAAAAAAAGACGUAAUACCUUUGCUUAGUCUUGAAAAGGAAAGCAACAGCAGACUGUGAAAAGGAUACAUAUAAUAAGGUAUUCGCAUAUUUCUAAAAACUGCCAGAGUAGAAGUUAGCAUCAUUAUUGCUAUGAUCUUCAAGUUUGUCAGACAGCUUGUAAAACCAUGUAACAUUUCUUGUAUGUUUGAUCUCUUUCCUUUGUAUGGUACAUUUUCUGUUGAGCAAUAUUAAAUAAAUCAGGAAAGACUCAGAGCAAAUAAAAACUCAACCUGG